GGUUGGACAGAAAUAAUUCAUUAAGAAAGGAGAGAGAUCAUGGAGAAUGAAGGUUACAAUUUGCCAUUGUUUGAAACCAAAGAAGAAAAGGGGAGAGUUGGGUAUAGGGUAUUUGCGUUCUCCAUUUUUGUGGGGAUUUGUUUGAUUUGGAGUUAUAGACUAAAUUUUAUACCACAAGAUGAUGAAGGUAGAAGACGGGGUUGGCUUGGUUUAUUUGCUGCUGAGAUAUGGUUCGGAUUUUAUUGGCUUUUCACUCAAGCUUCUCGUUGGAAUCCAAUUCAUCGCCGCACCUUUAAACACCAUCUCUCUGAAAGGCAUGAGGCAGAGUUUCCUGGAGUGGACGUAUUUGUAUGCACAGCAGACCCUGAGAUGGAGCCAUUACCUAUGGUCAUGAGUACUGUAUUAUCUGUCAUGGCAUACGACUACCCACCGGAGAAGCUCAACGUGUACCUCUCUGACGAUGCAGGCUCCGAGCUCACCUACUAUGCUCUCGUAGAGGCCUCUAAAUUUGCGAGGCAUUGGAUACCGUUUUGCAAGAAGUUCAACAUCCAACCAAGGUCACCUGCAGCUUACUUUGCCUCACAGUCUAAUCAUCAGAGAAAAGAAGUGGUCUUUAUUCAGAAACUAUACAAGGAGUUAGAGAGUAGAAUCAAUGUUUCAGUCAAACUAGGUCAGAUUCCUAAAGAAAUACGAUCAAGUAUUAAAGGACUUUCACAAUGGAAAUCCUAUGUAUCUCGUCGUGACCACGAUACCCUCUUUCAGAUAGUAAUAGAUGGGAGAGAUCCAAAAGCUACAGAUGUUGAAGGAGAUAUGUUACCAACUUUGGUGUAUUUGGCUCGUGAGAAGAGACCUAAAUAUUUCCAUAACUUCAAAGCUGGAGCCUUGAAUGCCUUGCUUAGGGUCUCAUCCCAGAUAAGCAAUGGGCAAAUCAUACUCAAUGUAGACUGUGAUAUGUAUUCGAACGACUCCGACACCAUAAAAGAUGCACUUUGCUUUUUGAUGGAUGAAGAGCAGGGUCAUGAGGUUGCAUAUGUACAGUUUCCACAAAAGUUCCACAACGUAACGAAGAAUGAGAUUUAUGGCAGUAGUUUACGAGUAAUGAAUGAGGUGGAAUUCCGUGGUAUGGACAGUUUUGGAGGCCCACGAUAUCUUGGAACAGGCUGCUUUCAUAGAAGAGAGGUCCUGUGUGGGAAAAAGUAUAGUAAAGGAUUCAAAAAUGAUUGGAGCAGUAAAAAGUAUAGGAAUUAUGAAGACAGUAUAAACGAAGUAGAAGAAAAAGUGAAGCAUCUAGCAAGUUGUACAUAUGAAAAGAACACACAAUGGGGAAAAGAGAUGGGUUUGAGAUAUGGAUGUGUAGUAGAAGAUGGUAUGACAGGGUUGUCCAUACAAAGACAAGGAUGGAAAUCAAUUUAUUGCAACCCAAAAAGGGAAGCUUUCCUAGGUGUUGCACCAACCUCAUUAAUUCAGACACCAGUUCAACAUAAGCGAUGGUCAGAAGGUGACCUCGAAAUUCUUCUAUCUAGGUACAGUCCUGCAGGGUUUGGUCAGGGAAAGAUUAGCCUUGGUCUACGAAUGGUAUAUUGCAUUUAUUCUCUUUGGGCUGUUAAUUCAUUAGCAACAUUAUAUUACUCCACCAUCUCCUCACUUUAUCUCCUUAGAGGAAUUCAGCAUUUGCAAUCACAGCUAAAGUGACUGAUCAAGAGGUCUCCCAAAGAUAUGAAAAUGAGAUGAUGGAAUUUGGAGUCUCCUCACCACUGUUUACCAAUAUAACAACAAUUUCUUUGGUUAAUUUUCUUUGCUUUAUUGGGAUGAUGAAGAAAGUAGCAGAGAGUGGCAGUGGUUUGGUGGUGGUUUUGGAAACAAUGGUUUUGCAGAUUCUUCUUUGUGGAAUUUUGGUUAUAAUCAAUUGGCCUUUGUACCAAGGACUUUUCUUUAGAAAAGAUAAAGGCAAGAUGCCAACCUCCUUAACUAUUAAGUCCUUUAUAUUGGCCCUAGUCACUUGUAUUUCCUUUUUAUUCCUACUUUAACGGUGACCCCAUGUAUUUGAAGUUUACUUUGUACUUCAUGUAACGACCCAACUCCUUGUACUAAAAUGAG